GAGAUCUGUAUUGUGUACUAAAAUUUUGGCCCUCAUUAAUUUAAUCGCCUUCCCUUCACUUCACUCCCACCAAAAAUAAAAUAAAAUGCUUCGGACUCUGUAAAGAAUUCCACACCCACCAACGUGCUUUCCCAAGGCAUACGCUUCCGCAGAUUCUAAUACAUUUUGAUUUAGCCCCUCCUCUUCCUUCUUUGCUUUGCAUUUGCUUCUUCUCUUCUAAAUCUUUCGCUUUCUGAUUUAUAUAUCUCUUACUUCGCCACUCGCUAAUCCCCACCCAAUAAUGUCGGUGCUGGCCAAGACCGACUCCGAGGUCAGCAGUCUGACGCCGUCGUCGCCCACGCGGUCGCCGAGCUCUCGCCGGCCGGUUUACUAUGUGCAGAGCCCGUCACGGGAUUCCCACGAUGGGGAAAAGACCACUAACUCCUUCCACUCGAGCCCGGUGCUCAGCCCAAUGGGGUCCCCCCCUCACUCCCACUCCAACUCCUCGCUGGGCCCACACUCACGUGACUCCUCCUCCACCCGAUUCUCCGCCUCCGUCAAGCCCGGAUCUCGCAAGCCGGCCGCCACCCACAAGAUUCCCAAGCCCUGGAAGCGCUUCGACGCCAUUGAAGAAGAGCGUCUUCUCGAGGACGACGGCGGCUCCGAUGGGUUCACCCGCCGCUGCUACUUCCUUGCUUUUGUUAUAAGCUUUGUGGUUCUUUUCUCUCUGUUUUCUCUCAUUUUGUGGGGUGCGAGCCGCCCUCAGAAACCCGUGAUUCUCAUGAAAAGUAUUUUGUUCGACAAAUUCGUGAUCCAAGCGGGGGCAGAUUUUUCAGGGGUGGCCACGGAUUUGGUGACGAUGAAUGCGACGGUGAAGUUCAUAUUUCGAAAUACGGCGACGUUUUUCGAAGUUCAUGUGACUUCCACGCCGCUUCAGAUUUCGUAUUCUCAGCUCACUCUCGCCUCUGGGAAUAUGCAAAAGUUCCAUCAAGGGAGGAAGAGCCAGCGAGCGAUAACGGUAACGGUUAAAGGAAGCAGCAUUCCGUUAUACGGAGGCGGGGCCAGCCUGAGCAGCAUGAACGGAGAGCCGGUCGAAGCGGUUCCCUUGAACAUUCAAUUCACGGUCCGGUCGAGAGCCAACGUGUUGGGCAAACUGGUGAAGCCCAAAUUCUACAAGAGCGUGGACUGCGCGGUGGUGAUGGACCCCACCAACAUGAACAAGCCCAUCUCCCUCAAGAAUAAGUGCACAUACCGCUCUUCGUCUUAAUUAAAACAUUUUUCAAAACCCAAUUUUACUAAAAUAAACCCCAUAUAUUAUAUACAUAAACAUAUGUUUUAGUUUUAUGGUGUUCACAUUGAAAUUUUGGAAGGAAGAAGGGGGCUGGGAGCUCUCCCCAUUUUGACCCCAUCAUCUUCUCAUUCCCAUAUGGCUUACUACUUUGAACGUUGAAUGAAAAAAGGUUUUUGGGAAACCAACCACCUCUUUGAAUUA